AUGGGAAAGCAUCGCCAUAAGAAAUCAUUUUAUGAUGUUGAUGAAGAUGACUUAUCGUCAUCUCACAAGCAUCAUCGUCAUCGCCAUCGUCGUACUCAUUCGCCAGAUAAACAAGAUGAAACAAAACAACGUGUACCAUCUAUAUCAUCGUUUCAUAAUAGUAAAAUUGAGGACGAUGAAGUUGCUUUAUUAUCACCACCAACAAAACGCCACCGAUCAUCAUCAUCAAAUACUUCACAAUCACCAUCGAAAGUUUUAUCACAACUUAUUGAGGAUCCAGAGUUUUUAGCAAAUGCUGGCCCCAAAGCAAAAGAAUUUGCUGAAACAGCUCGACAACUACUUGCUAAACCUGAUUUAGAUCCAACAACACAACAAAUUAUUUGUGCGAUGGCUCAGGCAGCAGUUAAUGCUGGCAAACGAUUUAGUUCAUCAUCAUCAUCAACACCUGCUGAUCAAUGUGUCGAUGAAAUUAGUGUUACAAAUAGUGGAAGUUAUUCAUCGUCGACACUCCUUUCUCCAACAUUAUCAAGUGCGAGUAAUUCAUCAACAUCGAAUACUCCUCAACAACAAUUUCAUCCGGUUACAUCAAGUGAAGAAAAUAAAACAUCAGCCGAACCCGAAAGUGACGAAGAUAUUCUUAUUAAACAAAUGAUUGAACGUGCAAUGAAAUUAACACAACAAGGCGAUACUCGUCAUGCACAACAUUUACUUGGUAUUAUUCAUGAAAAAUUAUCAAAUAAACGAAAAAGAGCUGCUGCUGCCGCUGCCACGGCUUCAUUGUCGAAUGGUAAUGAUAAUGAAAAACUCAAAAUUUCAUCUGCAAAUGAAUUUCAUUCAUUAUCUAAUGAAGAUUCACACAUUAGUAAUCAUCAUAAAGUAUCACCGGUCGGAUUAGAACAGUCGAACGAUUAUCCAAAUACAACUUGUUUUUCAUAUCCACCUCCGCCUCCUCUUCCACCACCACCGCCGCCACCACCAUCAUCAUUACCCGAUAUGAAUUCAAUCACGUCACCAUCGGUUUCAGUACCACCUAUGGAACAAGUUCAAGAACUUCUAUCGAAUCCAUCUGAAGUGCAAGACAUUCUAAAGAGAUUAUUUGGUGCUAAUGACAAUCAAAGAACAACUCCACCUGAAGAAUAUCAAAUGCAAUCUCAUUUAUCUGCAACAUCAUCUUAUCACUCUCAAUCUCUUCUAAUGCCGUAUAACAAUUCUCUUAUGUAUCCAUCACUAUCAUCUCGACUAAAUAACAAUAGUCAAUCAUUACGAGGACCACCAACAGCCGAAACUCAACCGUAUAAUUCCUCAUUAGCCUUUAUGCAAGGUAACCGUCGUAAUUUACCACCAUUACAAACAACUGAUCGAUGUUUUUCAUCUUUAAAUAAUAAAAUCAAACAACCUAAUCGGCCAUUUUCAUUCCCAGCAUCAUCAAAUAAUGCUGGAGUGAUGUCUGCACUUCCUAAUGCUCCUCCACCGAUAUCAUGUGCUCCACCGCUCAUGAAAGUUAAUCCAACAUUUUCGUUUGGCCCCUCGACACCAACCCCAGCGGACCCAAUACCACCGCGUUGGCCGAAUAAUCAUAAUGAACAACAACAGCAGCAGCGUGGUUUUCACCUAUUCUGGUGUGCUACAUGUGCACUUGGCUUUCCACAUCAGAUUGCUUAUCAAGAUCAUUUACGAAGUCAUGUUCCAUGUACCGUCCCCGGUUGUUCAUAUGCAGCAACGGAACAGCUCGUUCGAAUUCAUCAUAUGAAUAUUCAUGAAAAUAAUGUACGUAAUCGAAUGAAUAAUAAUAAUAAUAAUGUUUUUCAUCAAACACGUCCAAUGUUGCAACCACUGGAUCUUCCAUGGCCAUUAAUGCGCAUGUAA